AUGCCAAAAAACAUACGUGUGCACAAGGACUUUACGUAUUACACCAUCAUAAAAGAGGCCAUCCGAUCCUCUCCGCACAAAAAAAUGACAAGCAACCAAAUAUUUCAGUACAUCCAGAGCAAACAUCCCAAUCUGUUCUUGGUCAGUAAUUCGAUGACAUGGAAGGGAAAUAUCAGGCAGCUGCUCUCGAAGAAUCCUGAGUUUGUGAAGAUUCGGAAAGAGAAGAGUGCUAAACUGCAUUAUUGGAUGUUUGUGCCUCGACGGGAAAUUGAGAUGAUGGAAAAGGUUGAAGAUAGGGUUUGGGAGAGGUAUGCAGGUGAUAUGAAGGACAAGGUGCUGUGCUUGGCACCUGAGUGUAUCAUUGAUCUUGAAUAUGAGAAUGAGAGCGAGAGAGGAAGGAAUAAAAAAUGA